AUGCACCCUCGCCAAUGGCUCUGCUCAAGAGCAUGUCAGGAGUCAUCUACUCUGUUGUCCGUCCUGUCGAGGUCUUCUCUUGCUCCAGCUAGAUACAGUCGCUUUCUGAGCACACAACCGAAACAACCGCCAUCAAUACCCUCGCAUACCCUUGGCCUCUCAUGCGCUCGCUUAACACCUCUAUCACGACCCUCGUCGCAUUCGCCCACUCAGUCCGCUGUAUCACUGGCUUUCAGGCGCCCAUUUACUCGUUCUGCGAUUGUCGCAAAGUCUCAAGAGGCUGCCCGCUCAUAUCGAGAUGAGAUCAAAAACCAACCAGAUCGCGAGGACGAUGAUGCCAUGGACGACCAAUCAUUCAAGCCCACAGAAAAGGCAAAGAGUGCUGCUCAGCUGAAUUUGUCGGCAAAGCUGAGCAAGGACGGCAACGGAAAGACUGGUGGCCAGAAUGAAAUUUGGAGAUUGCUCAAAAUUGCCCGUCCUGAGCUCAAGGUCCUCUCCUGGGCUUUCCUUUUCUUACUCAUAUCAUCAUCUAUCUCCAUGUCUUUACCCUUUUCAAUCGGUAAGAUUAUGGAUGCUGCUACCAAGCCUGCUGAAGAAGGCGGGGACCACCUCCUUGGUAUGACCAUGCCUGUCUUCUACAUUGCUCUGGGCACCAUUCUCUCCAUUGGUGCUGCUGCAAACUACGGCCGUAUCAUCAUUUUGCGCAUCGUUGGUGAGCGUAUUGUCACCAGACUGCGUUCUCAGCUCUUCAGACGUACUUUCAUCCAGAACGCAGAGUUCUUCGAUGCCAACCGCGUAGGUGACUUGAUCUCGCGUCUUGGCUCAGACACCAUCAUUGUCGGAAAGAGUAUCACUCAGAACGUAUCUGAUGGUCUGCGAUCCCUGGUUUCUGCUGUCGCUGGUUUCGGUCUCAUGGGCUAUGUCAGUAUCAAGCUGACUGGUAUCUUGGCUCUCAUGUUCCCACCCGUCGCCAUCGGGGCUUUCUUCUACGGUCGAACCAUCCGCACGCUAUCGAGAACCAUCCAAAGGAACCUUGGAACUUUGACAAAAAUUGCCGAAGAGCGUCUAGGAAAUGUCCGCACCUCUCAGGCGUUCGCUGGUGAGCAGCAAGAGGUGCACCGCUACAACACCCAAGUGCGCAAAAUCUUCGAGCUCGGCAAGAAGGAGGCUCUUAUUAGUGCUGUUUUCUUCAGUACCUCUGGCUUCAUGGGUAACAUGACUUUCCUGGCUCUCUUGUACUUUGGUGGUGGCAUGGUCAAGACUGGUGCCAUCAGUGUCGGCGAUCUGACCAGUUUUCUCAUGUACACAGCAUAUGCCGGAUCCUCACUGUUUGGUCUCUCUGGCUUCUACUCGGAGCUGAUGAAAGGGGUGGGAGCUGCGUCGCGCCUGUUCGAGCUACAAGACCGCGAGCCUACCAUCAGCCCUACCAAGGGUGAACCUGUCAAGAGUGCGAGAGGUGAUAUCGUUUUCCAGAAAGUCAGCUUUGCAUACCCCACUCGCCCGGCGGUGCCCAUUUUCAACGAGCUAGACUUUACCAUCAAGCAAGGCACCAAUGUCGCAAUUGUUGCUCCAUCGGGUGCUGGUAAGUCUACAGUGGCCAGUCUGAUCAUGCGCUUCUAUGCACCUGCCAACGGACACAUUCUCAUCGGUGGACGCGAUGUGACGACCAUGAACGCCAAGCAGUUGAGGAGGAAGAUUGGUUAUGUCGGUCAAGAGCCUGUCCUCUUCUCGGGCACAGUUGCUGAGAACAUUGCCUAUGGCCGACCUCUGGCAACUCGCGCAGAGAUCAUCGCUGCUGCACGCCAGGCCAACUGCCAGUUCAUCUCCGACUUCCCCGAGGGCCUCGAAACACACGUCGGUGCAAGAGGCACGCAACUUUCCGGCGGUCAGAAGCAAAGACUGGCCAUCGCCCGCGCCCUGCUCAAGAACCCAGACAUCUUGAUCCUGGACGAAGCAACGAGUGCACUAGACGCCGAAUCCGAAACCCUGGUCAAUCAAGCCCUGAACAGACUUCUCGCAGGCAACAACACCACGAUUUCCAUCGCACAUCGCUUGUCGACAAUCAAGCGCUCAGAUAUGAUCAUCUGCAUCGACAACGAGGGCAAGGUAGCCGAAACAGGCACUUACAACGAACUCAGCAAGAAGAAAGAAGGCGCCUUCAGCAAACUGAUGGAAUGGCAAAUGUCUGGCAAUGAAGCCGCAAAGUCACGUCCUCAUGGCCCGAAGAUUGGGGAGGAAGAGGAGAUUGAGCAUGAGCUUCAAGACGGUGAGGCUGAGCAAGAAGGUCGUGAUCAGAUGCAAGAAGAAGGUACAAAAUAUAGAGGCGAGGACAUCACUGCUGGGGAGGCUGUUGCCGAGAGGACGCCAAAGAGUACAGGGAGAUAG